AGUUUACGAUUGUCAACGUCACGUAUUCGAACGGUCAGUUUGAAAAUAGAAGGCUGAUUUGGAUUCGGCCUUUGCCCUUAGAAAAAAAAAUUGUCUAUGCUUUUUAAAUGGAUUCCCGCCAGUGAACGUGUGUUGUGAUAUUAAUAGUUUUUAUUUUUAUUUUAGCGGUGCUUUUUGUGUUUGGAAAUUAAUCAUGAUGCUGCGGUGGUGUGUUGCGGUAGCGCUGCUCGCGCUCGUCUGCGCGGACGCAUCCGAUACACACUCGAGUCGCUUCCAAACGAAAAAAAUAAGAUCUAGGAACGCUGAACAUGGCGAUUCAGAUGAAAUGAUAAGUCAACUUCUGCAUUGGAUUCAGGGAUUUUCUCAGCAAAGGAAUAGAAAAGCUCGCCAGUAUUUCGGAGGGAAGCCUGAAAGACCACGACCUUUUGAGCCCGCUUCUUACCUCCCACCAGUGACGGGAUAUCCUCCAGCAGGGUCGCGACCAACGCCAUCCUACAGCGAAGGACCUUCACCAACAUACCAACCAAGUUCGCCGUACCAACCUUCAGAAACACCUUCUCAACCGAAUUAUCCCUCAAGCUUCCAACCAAACCAGCCAACUUCGCCAACAUACCAACCACCACAAACUUCUUAUCAACCUCCGCAGACAUCUUAUCAACCGCCGCAAACAUCGUACCAACCCCCUCAAACUCCUGAACAACCUGCGGAUAAACUGACUCAUACUUAUCAACCCACCUUUUUCCCCAAUCAACAAGUAACAAACCAACCGAGCCAACCUUCUCCAAACCAGCCCGAGCAAACAGAUGAACCAACCCAAGACGGAUUUAUUCCGAACCAAACGUCUCCAUCUCAACCUAAUCAGCCAAGCAAUCCUGAAGGAACUGCACCUACAUACGAAACAUCUCAACAAACAGAGGGAACUCAAAAACCACAAGAGAACGACUAUGUUCCAGCUCCUUCAGAACCUGACGAUGACGACAGACAUCCUCCACAUAUUCACGCUAUUUCUGUUGAAUGUGGCAAAGAAAUGAUGACAAUUAACAUCGAGUUCAACAAAGCUUACAAUGGAAUCAUCUACUCCCAAGAUCACUACAAAGAAUCUGAAUGUAUUUACGUCAGGGAAAACUCGAAUCAAGCAAAAUACUCUUUUACCGUUAGUUUGAAUACAUGUGGUACAAGAUUCUUCAGUGAUUUCGAAAACGAGGGACAGGCUUAUCUUGAAAACGUUUUGGUACUGCAAAACGAACCAGGAAUUCAAGAAGUCUGGGAUCACAUACGCAGAGUGAGAUGUCUAUGGGAAGGAAAUCUGACUAAGCAAUUAGUGUCUUCGUUGAGUGUUGGUAUGUUGAAUCAAGUGACAAGCAAUUUCAGCGGUGAUACAGCCAUGGCUCGUUUGGACAUUCAAACUGGUAGAGGACCUUUUGCACCCGAAGCAAACGGCUUAAUCAAGAUUGGAGAAGUCAUGACUCUUGUAGUUUCUGUCACAGGAGACGCCGGUUUUGACAUCCAUGUGCAAGAAUGUAUAGCCAGAGACGCAGAUAACAACAACGUUGUACCUCUAACCGAUUCAAACGGUUGCGUGCUCAAACCGAAACUAUUUGGAGCGUUCCAGAAAACUAGAGAAACUGGUAACACAGGAGCAUCUAUAAUAGCAUAUGCGUACUUCAACGCUUUCAAAUUCCCAGAUGAAAUGGACCUGAUCAUUCAAUGUGAGGUCGAAUUGUGUAAGACAGAUUGUGAAGUGUGUCCAAACCCGGGAAGCACAGAGCCCAGAAGGAAAAGACGAGACGUCAUUCACGUAGGUAAUAGAACAAUGGAGCCAGUGACAACAAUUGGAAAAGGCUUGAGGGUUGUGUUUGCUGAAGAUUUGCCUCGAGAGCCAGAUUUCUGCGUAUCUCCUGUAGCAGCAAUAUGGGGAGGAUUCAUGGUACUUCUAGGAUCUUUAAUGAGCAGUAUCAUAGUGUCGUUCUGUUGGCAAAAGGCACACAACGAUGUGAAACUAUCGUAAAUAAUGUAAUUUAUAUUUUUAAAUACUCAGAAGUACAAAAGGUUUUGAAGUUUACGAAAAAUUAAGAAGUGUAGAGAAUAAUCGGUAUUGUAGAUAGAUGCUGUAAUAUACUUUUAAUAUUAGAUUUUAAGUUAAACUUUUAUAAAGAUCCUGUAAAAAAAGUAAAAGGAUGUUGAAAAUCUAUGGUUUUCGGUAUUUUGUAACGAAACACUGCCAAUAAUGCCUGAUAGUUACUUUAACUCAGUUUUUUAAUAAAUAAGAAGUCAUUUCAUAAGCUUUUAGUUGCCUAUUUAUAACAAACUUACACAAACAUAAUGUUAGAUAAAAUAAGUAUUUUUAAUUUAUAUGUGAUGUACAUAAUAGUUUAAAUAUAAAGUUUAAAUAUUA